AGAUGAAUGUUCAUUUGAAAGGACCUGUGACCAUACCUGUAUCAACUAUCCUGGAAGUUUUGAAUGCCUGUGUCAUAAAGGUUACACGUUGUAUGGAAUGACACACUGUGGAGAUAUUGAUGAAUGCAGCAUCAGCAAUGGGAGCUGUGACUAUGGAUGCCUUAAUACAAUGGGAACAUAUGAAUGUUUAUGUCCACCUGGAAAGAAGUUGCAUUGGAAUAAAAAGGAUUGUGUUGAGAUGGUGAAAUGCCUCCCAAAUGCCAAACCAGCUCCAAAGGCUCAGUUGGUCUGUAGCAAAUCAGGAGGAAUUGAGAGCUGCUUCUUAUCUUGUCCAUCCAACACACUUUUUGUUCCAGACUCAGAGAAUAGUUAUUCAGUAAGUUGUGGAGUUCCAGUACAACAGGGCAAGUCACAACAAAAACGCAACAGUACACUUCCUAAUUGUGCAGAUAUACUAGCAGCCCCAAUCAAACAGAAGGCUCGUUUUAAAAUCAAGGAUGCAAAGUGUCACUUGAGACCCCGCAGCAAAGAAAAAAUUAAAGAUGUUGGAAAGCAGCAGGCUGUUAUAGACAACUGCCAGGUAGCCUUUGUGAACUUGAAAUGUGACUCCUCUAAGAAGAAACGUCGUGGACGAAAAUCACCCUCAAAGGAGGUAUCCCACAUCACUGCUGAGUUUGAAAUGGAGAUGAAGUCUGAGGAGGUCUCAGACAUCUGUAACCUUGAGUGUUUGCGAAAAAGGAUGGAGCAGAAGCUACAGACUGCAAUCAAGACAUUGAGGAAAUCUAUUAACAAACAGCAAUUUUACAUUCAGUUUUCUGGGACAGAGUAUGAAGUGGCUCAGAAGGCAGCUAAAGUGGUCACUGAAGGACAUGACCCCUGCAAUACAGGGCAAGUGCAGCAGGAUGGAAAGUGUGUUACCUGCAGCACUGGUACCUAUUACAGUGGCGAACAUAAUCAGUGCAUCCCUUGCUCUCCAGGAACGUACCAAGACACAGAAGGUCAACUGUCAUGCGAACCUUGCCCAAGCAAUGAUGGACAGGGAGUAGCUGGUGCACGGAAUGUCUCAGAAUGCGGAGGUCAGUGUUCCCCUGGACAUUUUUCUUCUGAUGGCUUUAAACCUUGUAGAUUAUGUCCACUUGGCACCUAUCAAUCUGAGCCAGGAAGGACCCUCUGUUUUCCAUGUGGCGGUGGGCUGGUGACCAAAUAUGAAGGUGCCGUGUCAUUUCAGGACUGUGAAACAAAGGUUCAUUGUUCUCCUGGCCAUUACUACAACUCUACAACCCACAGAUGUAUCAGAUGUCCUGUUGGAACCUACCAGCCUGAAUUUGGUCAGAAUUACUGCAUUACUUGCCCUGGGAAUACCAGUACAGAUUUUGAUGGCUCUACUAAUGUUACACACUGUAAAAAUCAACAGUGUGGUGGAGAACUUGGAGACUAUACAGGCUACAUUGAGUCUCCCAACUAUCCUGGAGAUUACCCAGCCAAUGUUGAAUGUAUUUGGAAUAUAAGCCCACCCCCAAAGAGGCGGAUUCUUAUAGUGGUCCCUGAGAUAUUUCUUCCAAUAGAAGAUGAGUGUGGGGAUGUUUUAGUAAUGAGAAAGAGUGCUUCACCCACAUCAAUUACUACCUAUGAAACUUGCCAGACAUAUGAGAGACCUAUAGCAUUCACUUCCAGAUCACGAAAGUUGUGGAUACAGUUCAAAUCAAAUGAAGGCAACAGUGGCAAAGGAUUCCAAGUACCAUACGUAACUUAUGACGAGGAUUAUCAACAGUUGAUAGAAGACAUUGUUCGAGAUGGACGUUUAUAUGCAUCAGAAAAUCAUCAAGAAAUUUUAAAAGACAAGAAACUCAUUAAAGCCCUUUUCGAUGUAUUGGCACAUCCACAAAACUAUUUCAAGUACACAGCACAAGAAUCAAAGGAGAUGUUCCCAAGAUCAUUUAUAAAGCUACUUCGAUCAAAAGUGUCCAGAUUUCUACGACCAUACAAAUAACUUCCUAGUGCUUUUCAAUUUUUUUGUUUUUUCCUUUGCAUUCCUGUCAGAUAUUGUAUUGUCUUUGACAGUAGAAACAUUUUUGCUAAUUUGAAGACUCCUUGGCAGUCUUUACCUUAAAUUGUAUAUUGAAGAAUAACUAUAAUGUUUUAUAAUCUCCAAUAUUUUGAAUGGGAUUUUUUUUUUACUUCAAAGAAGAAUAAUAUUGGAUUCCAGAGUGCAUCAAGUUGAAGAUCCACAUUUAAGCCUGCACUAGUUUAUUUUCAUUUACCAUAAAAAGCAUCUGUUUAGAAAUGUAUUUCUAAACCUGUUCUAGUUGGGGCAGGGGGGAUUUUCUUCUUAAACAAAGAAGUAACCUGGUCAAAGAAACUACCUGCAAAGAAGAGUUAUGAUAGAAAGGCGUAUGUAGUAUAAAUGAUACUUGGAUUUUGAAUUGCACUUGAACUUUAUAUGUGAAAUUUUAUGGGGAAAUCUAAAUACCAUACUUUCCCAUUGGUGGUUUUAUGGAGACUUUGUUCUAGAUAUAAACCAAAAAAGAAGGAUGAGGAUAAAAUAGGUGUGUAAUUUUUUGUCUGGUGGAUUAGGCAAGCUCUAUUCUCACAACUUGCUAUUUCAUUGGCCCUCUUACAACUUUUUCAUUAGUUUACUGGUGUCUAACUUUGCCAGUGCAAUAGCGGAAUUAUAGAUCAGUUUUGGUUUCUCUGAUCAUUUUUACAAUAGGAUGAAAGAAUUUCAAGGGAAAAUAGUAAUAACUAAUUUUAUUACUUCUGAUGGGAGAUCUAAACAAGUAUAAUAUAUAAAUAUAUGCAUCUUUUUCUGGGUACUUCAGUAUUAUUAUUAUUACUUGUAGCUCAUGUAGAUACCAUUCAGACAAUAACGUCUCUCAUCACAAUCCAGAAUUGCAUGUACAUAGUGGCAGAUGAAGGCAGGAUCACUUAGUAGCUACUGAAAAUAGAAUUCUGCACAUGUGCAUGGAGCUUUCUCCAUCAGUUGUUAAUAGUGCACCUUUUGUAGAAACUGGGCUAUAUUAGAGGACUUGGCUAUGCUGUUUAUCCCAUCAUUUUAUAUGCUGUCUUGAAGAAUGUGUAAUGUUAGUUUAUUUCAUAUCUGAAGUAAAUGGAAAUUGCAUGUUGGAACUGAUCCUCAUUAGAUCUACUGUAGUCAGGGCACAAGGUCCCAGGUGGUAAGAAAAUGGGUAUGAAUUAUUUUGUUGCUUCCAUAUGUUUUUGAUAGACCAAAUAUGAUUCCGUUGGUUGUUGGCUCAUCAUUCUUGGACAAUUUACGUAAGGCAAUAUGGGUUGGCCUUGUAUAUCGCCUCCUAUGCAUUUUAAAAUUUUUAAUGCCUUAGAGUGCAAGAUGCCAACACAUAUUACCUCUUACCAAUGUUAUUUGUGUUUAAAUGCAUUUCAAAAUAAGUAACAGACUUCAUUUUUUUUAAAAAUGUACAUAUAAUAUAGCAUAAACAAAGAGAAAUUAAGAAAAAGUUACUCGUUAACUUUGUUAAUCAUCACAGUUUUAAAAUGUAAUGACUAUAUUGAAGAAAUAACAUAGCUACACAGAAUCAGUACCUGUCUCAACUGUCAUUGCCUGUCUCAGCUCCUUGUUUAUUACGUAUCCCAUCUCUUUUUUCAUUACUAACCUGAUAUACCACCUGUCGUGCUAUUGAAAUAAUGCUUUUUCUAACAAAACAUUAUAACAUAGGCUCAAAAUAGAAAAUUCACAUUUAAGACUUGGAUAUGUACUAAUCACCGCCUUUAAUUUAGCAAACGUUUGAUGGAACCAGUUCUAAAGUUGUGUGGAUCACAAAAUGCUCUGUUUGUGUGCCUUCAAGUAAUUUCUGACUUAUGGCAACUCUAAGGCAAUACCAUCACAGGACUUUCUGAAGCUUAAAAUGAGUGACUUGCCCAAGGUCUCCCCAGUGGGUUUCCAUGGCUGAGUGGGUAUUCAAACUUUGAUCUCCAGAGUCAUAGUCCAGUGCUCAAACCGCUAUGUCACGCUGACUCUGGCUCACGAAAUACAUCACGAAAAAUGGAAUCUCUUAACAUGCUUAACAAAUUCCUCUUUCUUUUAGGGGAGAUAAUAUUAUAACUCAGAGAGUGUCCAGUCCUAAUUGCCAAUUCUGUUUUCUUCCAUAUGCCAGAAAACAGUACUGCUAUGAUUCUGAAUGAUUAUUAGCUUUAGAAGUACUGCCUUCAGACUUCAAAUUUCUCACUAACUUUGCUGCUGUAAAAAAAUGAAACAAUUUUCUGGCUCCUGUGAACUGGUGUUCUCCACCAGAGCAAAUUGUCAACUGGUGAAACUCCAUUAAUAUUUUAAGUUGCAUGCACAACACCAGGUUGGUGGCUGGUGAGUGAAGAGAGAGAGGUCCUUCUCAGUCAUGACAUCACUUCAUUUUGAAUGCAGUUCCCAAAUAUGCAGGGCACACACACACUUUGGUAUCUUUUCAACAUCAGGUGAUUAUUUACAGUCAUUUCAGCAUGUUGGGUUUUUUUGCUACCUAGUGUUUCAGCCUGCUUUUGUUGCUAGUUUGUGCUAGUAAACACCAUUAAAUCAAAUCUGACUUAUCUUUGAAUAGACCAAUAAAGGAUUGCACAGUUAUUCUCUUAACUGUACACUCCUUCCUUCCUACUAGGAAUUUAUGCUGAAGAGUACCUUACAGAUUUUUCUAUACAUUCUUUCAAGACUUGUUCUAGACCUGAGAUACACUAUUAAUAUGUUUAUCAGUCUGAUAAAGAAUGUGAACAUGUACAUACUUCUUAAAUAUAUAUAAAAUAUUGGAUACAUUCCUGAAUUAUUCAAACUGAUUCCCAUGCAAUGUGGUAUAUCGGUUGGCCUGUUUCAAAUAACCAUGCUUUUCUCUGCUAUGUGUCCAUCAUUAAAUUAUUAAAUGGCACUUAAAUCUGUAGUAUAUUGCUUUUCAAAGGUCUUUUCAAAACAAAUAACAUUGGUAACAGGUAUGCUCAUUCAGUGUUGUACCCAGAAGCAAAUACAAUACGUAAUAACAGAAUAUUGCCCAAAGGUUGCAAGAGAAGACAUCAAAAACCUACAGAAUUGACAACAAAAACCUGAGUUAACUUCUGCUUCAUGGUAUACUCUUUCAUGGCCUGACAAAUGGCAGAUCAAAGGCAUCAUAUGUGUUAGACUUGGUCAACUGAGUAGCCAUUACUUAUCUGACAAGGGUCAACAGGUUUCAGUUAUACAGUACGAACAAGACCUUGGAUAAUUUAGGUCAAUUGGGAAUGUCUGAAAAUACUUGCAGGUGGUUAUUUUUAUGUUUGUAAAACUUGCUGGGUUUUUUUUUAUGUUGCCUUCUUCUUUUAUAUUCAUGGGAUUCAUUGAGUCCAGGUCUAUUGAUGUAAUGCCGUUUCACAAUUGCUUCCUAAUUUUAGGCAAGCACAUGCAAGAGCACAUAAAAUGUACAUGAUAAAAUAUCAUGCCGUACAGUUACAGCACUAUGAUUCCACUUUUACUGCUACAGCUGCCUCCUGUAGAAUCCUGGGAUCUGCAGUUUAGGAUGGGGCAUUUAGAAGUUAGAGACCUCAUUAAACUACAAACCGCAGAAUUCCACAGGAGGUAGCCGUAGCAGUUAAAUUCAAAGACAUAGGCCUG